CGUGUUUCGGACUGUUUUCUGCCCUGGCUCUCUGUUUGCUGUGAAAACUGCCCCUGCCGGGUGUGGGGGUGAUUACUGGCGGUGCAUGGGGGGCUCUUUUAGCGGGUUGCUGUGUGAAACGGAUCCGCUAUGAAAGAAGAAAGGCAGGAGGGAGGGAGGGAGGUAAAAGGUCACCAUGGCUCGCGCUGAUCAGGUGACAGAUGUGGCAAAGUCGGGCUGCGUCCGGACUUUUUACACGAAAUUGCACUAAACUUAGAAGAAGAAGAAGAAGAAGAAGAAGAAGAAGAAGAAGAAGAAGAAGAAGAAGAAGAGAGAAAAUGACAGACCAGGGGAAGCAAUACAGCACAGUAGUCGAGCAUGAUGAAGCCCUGUCGUUUGGGUAUUAUGAUGAAGAUGACGAUGAUGAUGGUUUGGAGACGUUUACAGAGGAUGGAGUGUGCGGCUGCGAUGAAGGAGGGUUGGGUUUCCGAGAUCCCUUCUGCAGUGAGGUGAAGCCUCGCAUCCUGCUGAUGGGUUUACGGCGCAGCGGCAAGUCUUCCAUCCAGAAAGUGGUCUUCCACAAGAUGUCCCCCAACGAGACCCUGUUCCUGGAGAGCACCAAUAAGAUCUGCAGAGAGGACGUGUCCAACAGCUCGUUCGUCAGCUUCCAGAUCUGGGACUUUCCCGGUCAGAUCGAUUUCUUCGACCCCACCUUCGACUACGAGAUGAUCUUCCGGGGAACGGGAGCGCUCAUUUUCGUUAUCGACUCGCAGGAUGACUACGUGGAAGCAUUGAGCAGACUCCAUCUCACCGUGACUCGAGCCUACAAGGUCAACCCGGACAUCAACUUCGAGGUGUUCAUCCAUAAAGUGGACGGGUUGUCCGACGAUCACAAGAUCGAGAAGCAAAGAGAUAUACACAAACGCGCCAACGACGACCUGGCGGACGCCGGCUUAGAGAGGAUACAUUUAAGCUUCUACCUGACGAGCAUCUAUGAUCACUCCAUCUUCGAGGCGUUCAGUAAAGUGGUGCAGAAGCUCAUUCCGCAGCUCCCGACGCUGGAGAAUCUACUCAACAUUUUUAUUUCUAACUCGGGGAUUGAAAAGGCGUUCCUGUUCGACGUGGUCAGUAAGAUCUACAUCGCCACGGACAGCAGUCCGGUGGACAUGCAGACGUACGAGCUGUGCUGUGACAUGAUUGACGUCGUCAUCGAUAUUUCCUGCAUCUAUGGCUUGAGUGAGGACGUAGCCGGUUCGCCGUACGAUAAAGAAUCCAUGGCCAUCAUCCACCUCAACAACACCACAGUGAUGUACCUCAAAGAGGUCACCAAAUUCCUGGCGCUCGUCUGUUUCCUCAGGGAAGAGAGUUUUGAGAGGAAAGGACUCAUCGACUACAACUUCCACUGCUUCAAGAAGGCCAUAGAGGAGGUGUUCGACUUGCGGCUGAAAGUGCAGAGAAACCGUAAACUUCUGAGCCGGAGGAGGUGGAGCGAGCAGAGCGUGCCGAACGGGACACACGUUCAGCACCACUGACGGACGUGACGCGACCGGGUUAAGGAUAAACCGAGCCAGAUUACUCGCACCGACUAGAUUCACGACUCUCUUAACGUUUAAUGUUUAAGGUCGGCAGCAAUCGAAAACCACGAGUCUGAUAUCCGGUCAUCCGAUUUUUAUCGCCAUAAUCGUACUACUACAUUUAUCCGUUCAUCACAUUCAUAGUGGAGAGUUAGACGUGUGAUAUUAGUUUGCUGACUGCAAUGUGAACGACCCAGUGAGUGGGAAGAGAAGAAUGAUUAUCGUUAUUAUUAUUAAUAUACGUAUAUAUAUUUAAAUUUGUAUUUUUUUUUUGCUUUUUGGAGACUACAACAGAAUUACAUUAUACAAACCGAUUUCAGUGGAAUUGCCAUCGAACGUCACUUUUUUGUUUUUCUAAACAGUAAGAAUAGAGCAGGACGAGUUUAGAUGAAACACUGGAGGGACACGGAUUUAAAUAAAAAUAAAUAAAUAAAUAAAAAGAUAUGUACGCGGUGUUCCCUUCGGUUCACCCGUCUUCUGAUGGAUAAGGCGCGCUCGUUGUCUGAAGUUAACGACGGCGUAUAGCGAGCGGUGUACCGUCUAGUUCCCGACGUAGUUUGGAUUAUUCGCGUAAUUCGCACGUAAACGAUUACACCGGACCUCAGAGAGAUAUUCGAGACAUAGAGAGAUAUUUAUCACCCAGAUGAAUAUCACCAACGAUCGUUCUGCCCAUGUAUUAGUGCGGGUGAAAGUCCAAACGCGUUUGAAUUAACAACCGUACGCAGGCUACGAAUUACAGUUCUGUCUUCAGUUCUUUUCGAGGCGGCGGUCAACAAGAACUAGAACUAAACGAGUGCAAUAACCAUGCAGAAUAAUAAUAAUAAUAAUAAUAAUAAUAAUUAAUGUCGUAAAACGCUCUGAUGACCGGAUUGAAGAUUGAUUAUUCUGGAUCUGAGCGCGCGCAGCAUGGAAGCUCAUGUCCAAUAACAGAGUCUUCCUUAUGGCUCAGUGUUCCUGGAUCUACCUUGGAUGAAAGACGUUCGAUUUAAAGCAGCGUCCGGGAGGUUUUCCCGCCAUGUUUAACUCCCAAAACAAGACUGGAUGAGCCUCGGAUCUGCGCACCGUUCUACCCGAGUCUCUUACGCAAAGCGAUCGCAAACACCGCGGAAUAAAGUACUUUGUAGUGUCUGUAGUGUCUGUUUUUAGCUCUGCGACGUCCUUUAGAGAGGCGUUAAACGUUCUUUAUGUGUUAGCUGCUUUAGCCUCGUAGCUCCGGUGCAAAACUAAACGAGCGAAUUUGAACACAGAUCGUGUAUCGGGUGAGAAAUUUGGGCAAAAGGGAAAUUACGUGUCAUUUUCCUGUUGCUUGAAGGUCGAAAAGAUCUUUCUUUCGUUUCAAUUUCUUUGCUUCCUUUUAGUUUUAUUUUUUAUUUUUUUUUUGUUUUGUUUUUUUAAAAAAAGUUGAAGGUACAAAGCGCGUACAUUUUUGUACCGUUUGCACAAAUCUCUCUUUUUUUAUAUAUAUAUAUACAUAUACAUACAUAUAUAUAUAGAUAUAUAAAACAGAUCUAUAUUUCAUUUUGAAAAAAUUCACUCAUGUACAUUUGUUAAAGCAAAGUAAAUUUUUUUUUUUUUUUUUUUUUUUUUAUGAAAUGUUAUCUGUUCUAAAGAGAAAGCUGUAAAACGUUGGUGAGGAAAGGUUACGGUGGGAGGUCGGCCCGUUCUUAGGAAUUUAGGCAGUUUAAAAUGCAUCGUUCAGUUUUGCGUGAAAGUAUUGCGUUUAGGAUGAUUAGAUUAGUCCGGUGCUAAUUAUGCCUUUUUGUAGCAUAAUGACAUCAUUGUUCCGAUGCGCGCUUUACAUAAUCAACAGCUAAGCCUUAACUUUGAUCAUUUCAGAAAUCGUUCUAGUUUGAAACUGAUUUUAAUGAUACGAAUCGGCGCCGAGCUCUUUAUACUCACUCUUUAUUAUGCGGCCUAGUUGCCGAAUAUAUAUUUAUUUAUUUAUACUAUUAAUAAAGAACAUUACAUAAAAUGGCCUCUUCCCAUCUGUCACGCUUCGGGAAAAUAUCCCAUCCUUUCCGUCUCCUCUGGAAGUACUUCUGAAAUACAGACUUAUGGAAAAAGUU